AUCACCUGUCAGGUUGUUAGUGGGGAUUAACUUUAGAAGAAGGGAUUAACUUCCUCUGGCCCACACGUCAGCCACCACGUGCAUCGUCCGGCCGGUGAGGGACCACCGCGGCAGCUAUCCUCGGCGCCGCGCUCACGAUUCCGGAAUCACUCCCCACGCGAUUCGAUCCUCUCGCCGGCCCAGGCAUCGUAGAAUCCCCCCACCGAAAAAAAUCAAGCGGGCAUACAAAGAGCGCGUGCGCAGUGCUUGGAAUAGGUGGGUCGAACUUCGAAGGGGUUCGAGGACUUCAGCUAUGGCAUCUGUGGGACGUGCAGGACGAGGAGGGAAAGGAGAUGGAGGGAAGGGAGAAGGGUCGCUGGCUCGCAGGGCGUGGAGGCAGUACCUGCUCCAGCUCCAGCAACAUCCUCUCCGCACAAAGAUGAUCACGGCGGGGUGCCUCGCCGGCGUCAGUGACUCCGUGGCGCAGAAGCUCUCUGGGUUCCAGAAGAUUGAGAAACGCAGACUCCUGCUCAAGAUGCUCUUUGGUUUUGCGUAUGGUGGCCCAUUUGGACAUUUCUUGCACAAAAUUUUGGAUUACAUCUUCCAAGGGAAGAAGGAUACCAAAACCAUAGCAAAGAAGGUGUUGCUGGAGCAAGUGACAUCUUCUCCCUGGAAUAACAUAUUGUUCUUGUUCUAUUAUGGAUAUGUUGUUGAGAGGAGGCCUUUGAAGGAGGUGACGACCAGGGUGAAGAAACAAUACCCUUCUGUGCAACUCAGCGCUUGGAUGCUCCAUUCAGACAUUGGACCUUGAAGGAUUCAGAACUUCACACUGGGCGACUGGCUGCAAUUCGCCGUGCAGGACCGCCUGCAAUUCAAACUGGUUGUCACAGCAGACACCACAAGAGACCUAAUUAAACCAGACAAGUUCAUACCAACUUUCGUGAAAAACAUUCUAACUUCCUUAGCAGUCAAAAUAUAUUAUAUCUGAUCAAAAUUAUAGAAACUACAACAGCAUAAUUAAUUAUACUUAUUUCAUGUUAUAAAUGUUAUUAUUUCAUCAUAUGAAUUUGGUUAAACCGGA